GCGAGGUUUAAAACGCAAAAGCUACACGCUGCCAAGGAAGGACCGCGACCGCCCGAUCCCGCGACAGAUACAGCGCCAUUCCGUUCCGGUGCCGGCGAGGCGACGACAGAGCAACAGAGCUGUCAUUCCUCUUCCGGAUGGCGUCGACGGCCGAGGUGGUCCUCUCCAUCAAGGACUCCUUCCUCGCCCUCCCCACCAAGACCGGCGACAGGGCUCUCGAAGAGGUUGAGAAAAACAUCUCCUCGUUGCGGCAAGUGCUCUCUGGUGAUGGAGAAGCAGGAGCAAAUCAAGAGCAAGUCCUGCAAAUAGCACUUGAAAUUUGCAAGGAGGGCGUGCUUUCCCUCUUUGUUCAGAAUCUACCUUCCUUGGGUUGGGGAGUAAGAAAAGAUUUGGUUAUUUGCUGGUGCAUUUUGCUUGGGCAGAAAGUUGAUGAGAAUUAUUGCUGUGUGAAGUAUAUUGAAGAUCACGUGGAGCUUUUAGAUUUCCUAGUUGUUUGCUACAAGAAGUCAGACCUUGCACUGAACUGUGGGAUUAUGGUGAGAGAAUGCAUAAAACAUCCAACCCUUGCAAAAUAUAUCUUGGAAUCCAAUAGCUUUGAGCUGUUUUUCGAGUAUGUUGAGCUGCCGAACUUCGACAUUGCUUCUGAUGCUCUAAACACCUUCAAAGAUUUGCUUACCAAACAUGAAACUGUUGUGUCUGUGUACUUGAGCUCCCACUACGAGCAGUUCUUUGAACGCUACACAAGGAUCUUAACAUCAGCUAAUUAUGUAACAAGGCGUCAGUCGGUGAAGUUCCUUUCAGAAUUUCUAUUGGAGCCUUCAAACUCUAAAAUAAUGAAGCGAUACAUUCAGGAAGUUCGUUUCCUAAAUAUUAUGAUUGGUCUACUGAAGGAUUCAAGCAAAAAUAUCAAAAUAUGUGCCUUCCACGUUUUUAAGGUGUUCGUUGCCAAUCCAAACAAGCCUCGUGGUAUUAUUGAAGCUUUGCGAGACAAUCGCAAAGAAUUGUUGAAACUACUCCACAAUCUUAUUGCAAGUAAAGGCGAAGAUGAAUUUGACGAGGAGAGAGACCUGAUCAUUCAGCAAAUCGAGAAGUUGUAAUGCUGAUCACCUAUCAGAAGUUCAGAACCAACCUAUCAAAAGUUCAGAAGCAACACACGGUAUAUAUCCCUGCAAGCCUCCAAGAGCUGCCUCAAUUUCGAGGGCCUUGCAGUUCGGCGAAGGAUAGUAUAAUAAAAGCGCAAUAAAUAGAUCCUCUUUUUUUUCCGAGUUGCAAAAUAAAUAGAUAUAUGUGAUGUGUAGCAUCAACGAACUCGAGCCAAGAAUAUCAU